UACUCAUCUGGCAUCAGGUAUUUUCACUGGGAACCAUCAAUGUCACCAAAGCCUUCAAUCCCACGGCAAUCAUUGUUAUUAGCGGUUGCCAGUGCAUUGCACUAAAAAUGUAGUGAUAUUUACAAAGAGUAGCAGUGAAAAGCUCUUAAAGCAAGGAAAGAAAUAAAAACAGCAUAAAUGUUCUUUGUUUAACGAUAUCCUCAUCAGCUGGAGCAUCAGUAAGCCGACGGUUAGCAAGAGGUUACAAUGCAUCGCACAUUCUUGUGUAUUUAUUUCAUGGCAUGGUAUUUCAAGUUAUAUAUAGCAGCUUCACCUUCACCGGACAGCUACAAGAGCACUACAGAGACUAUGAAGAAAUUAUUUCACGAGGAUCACUAUGAUAAACGGCUGAGGCCUUUUCACAAAGGACCACAACUGAAUAUUACGAUAGACAUGUCCGUGGUACAUUUCGGAAAAGUGAGGGAAAUUGAUAUGGAUUUCUCCGUUGACGUGUUCUUUCGUCAGUACUGGCGAGACCCGCGCUUGAACCACACCCUUGAAGAGCCAAUUUUCUUGACCGGAUCUUACAGAAAUCUUAUCUGGCUGCCGGAUACCUUUUUUCUCAAUAUCAAGACAGCCAAUUUUCACAACGUACCAGCUGAUAACAGCAGAGUAAAAAUUAGGACUGACGGUCAGGUCACUUGGAGUUCAAGGAUAACCAUGACAGCAAACUGCCAGUUGGAUCUGAGGGACUACCCACUGGACAAACAGUCUUGCAACCUGACACUUUUAAGCUAUGCUUAUCCGAUUGAACAAGUCGACUAUUUUUGGAAAGACAAAGAUAAGAAAGGUAUCGUCAUUCUUGAAGAUGAAAUGAACGAGUUUACUUUGAGAGACAUCAAGACCAGAAGGGCGAUAGUACUUUAUGGGACUCGCGGUUCAAAUUCAGACUAUACGCACCUGUGGGCAGAAUUCACCUUUAAGCGCCGUCUUGGAUACGCCUUCAUCCAGAUAUAUGCACCGACAGUUCUGAUAGUUCUCCUCUCCUGGCUAAGUUUUUGGAUCGCACAGGACGCAGUUCCAGCUCGUGUAGCCUUGGGAGUUACAACAGUUCUAACCAUCGUAACACUUAUGGGCUCAUUCCGGUCUUCAGUACCUAAGGUGUCAUAUAUCAAGGCCAUCGAUGUUUACUUCAUAAUAUCUUUCUUUUUCGUGUUUGGCGCGGUUGGAGAAUACGUCAUCGUGCGUCUUCAUACCGAAAGAAAGCUGAAAGGGCCUCAAAAAGACAACAGUUUAGAUAUGGAAAUGAUACCUCUGAAACAGGACAAUGGCGAAACAUCACCAAGACGCUGUGAGAAAGACGACAAGUCUGAUAAUGAGAAAGACUUUGAGCGUUCGCAAAGCGGCAGCAUUGGGGCCCUCGGGAAAACUAGGGAACUCGUGAAGUUUGCUUUUCUGGAGAGUGAUGCAAGCAUCAUCGAUCGCGUCUCUCGUAUAUUAUUCCCUGUUGCAUAUCUUGUGUUCAAUGUUUUUUAUUGGUGCUUUUACUCCGUUAUUAGUUUCGAAGGCGAAAAGGAGUAGAAGAGUCCAACAUCCCACAAGUUUUCUCCCUUCGUCUUAAUCUCCAAUCUGAUUAGCUUCGCACGCGCUUGAAAGUUUUUUCAACUGAUAUCGAUUAAAUCGGUGGCUAAGGCUGCAUGCAUCGCCAAUUUUCAAGACAUAUAUCACCGAAUGAGAGAUAUGCACUUUAUUAUGCUCAUACUAGGAUUGACAAAAAAAUAUUGCUUUGAUUUAAGGCGACAUGUUGUGGCUUCUAAGGAAAUGUGAACUAAAUGAAAGCUCAGCCAAUUCUAAAGGAAUAAGGUAUAAAUGCUUAUUUCUUUGGACGCUUUUCUGCUGCUUGUUCGCUGUAAUUCAUUCUUGGAUAGCUCAAAACUAUCGUUAAUAUGUUUAAUACUUGGGUAGAAAAACUCAAAAGGAGUAAUUUUGAACUAGUAGGGACUUAUGUCGAAGGGUGGAAAAGAUUUUUCCGGAUUGCGAAUUGAAAAGUUUAGAAAAAAAUGCAUAAAAUGGAUAAACUGUGACGUAGUCAUUUAAAAAAAUAACAAAUAAUAAUUGCCUUCUUUCAGAUGGUAAGGAAAGAUAGGAAAACAGAGUCUUUUACAGCCCUUAAUCGCAAUUUGACCAAACAUUGUUAGACCAUAAGAGUGUGAUUUUUCGGAGCGAAAAACUCCGUUGUUUUGACGUAGCAGUUGCUACGAAAGUUCUCUGGGAUUGUUUCUUGCGUUUGAGAUAAAUGCAGCCUUAUUAAAUAGAUACUUAUUCUACAAAAAAAACAUGACUUUUAAGGAGGCCUACCAACCACAAACUCCCAAAGAUAUAUGCCGUAUUUGCCAUGCCAAAAGUAUCACUCAUAAAAAGUCGAGAUUGAUUCAACCAUUUAUUUUUAUUACUUAUUUGUAGAGUCAAAUAUUUGAUACACUUCAAUUGCAUAAGAAGCCCCUAGAUGGAGAAAAAAAAAAAACCGACCAUUAAUUUAAUCAAAAUUUUCCGAUAUAGUUGGGAUCAUCGAUUGUUACGAGGCCGAGACUAAAGUUUCAAGCAAACGAUUAAAGAUUAGUUAAUGCUCAGGCGAACGAAAACGAAGAGACUGGUAGAAUACGCAAUUAAAUUCAUGUGCCAAAAUACUUUCGAUUCAGAAAGAUAUGGUGAUAAUCAGUUCUUAGCGGUUGGUUAAUUAACAUUCAUUGUCACUGAAGUGAGAGUUUAUACUGAUUUUACAGUGCAAUUGUUUAAAGUUUUAAUCAAGAUUAUGUUUAGCAUGAUUUAUCAAGAAUUAUAACAUAGCUGUACAUGGUGUUCUUGAAUAUCCGUUAUUUAGCAAUCAAUUCUGCUCGUAAAGGAAGGUAUGGAGGGCACACACAUACAAGUAGAUUUUACUGCAUUACAGUCUCAUAUGAUCGUGUGUGCAUCUACAUGUAGUAACUAGCUUGAGCAGAACAAGAGUCCGACAUUAUCGGCAAUAAGGGAAUG